AUGUUUACGCUCCUUCUGACUGCGGAGCUCACGGGCGUCACGAACCUGCGUCCUCAAGACACCGAAGAAAACCCGUUCUGGUACAUGUUCAGGGUCCAGUGCACUUCUUGUCGGGAGAUUCAUAACAACUAUGUCGGUGUCAACAGAUUUGAAAUGAACGAGAUGAGCGGCAGCCGCGGCGAGGCCAACUUUGUCUGGAGAUGCAAGAACUGCAAGAGAGAGAGCACUGCCACUGUCAAAGGUGCUGCCAUCCCUUACCAGCAGCACGAGCCUGCCAAGGCACAAAAGGUCAUCGAGUUUGACUGCCGAGGGCUCGAGUUUACAGAGUUCAAAGCAGAGGGUGAAUGGCUGGCUGAUGGCAUCGACUCGGGCUCCAAGUUCAGUGGCAUCGAACUGAUUGAUGGGGAGUGGUACGACUAUGAUGAAAAGGCGGGAGAGGAAGUCAGUAUCAAGGAUAUCACAUGGGAAAUCCGCAGGGCAUAG